AGCCUUUCCACUUUAUCCCGAUCGGCGUCAUGUCUUCGGGAUUCGUUUCAGCCGGAACCAACGAGCAACCGAUCGAGCGGGACGAUGAAUGGCUCAAAGCGCAACAAGAGCUGGAGGAGGAGCGGAGGCGAAAGGCCGAGAUAGGCAAACAGGAUGACGGCAAAAGCCUCUUUGAGGUCCUGGAGCGGAACAAAAUGGCCAAACAAGAAGCUUUUGAGGAGAAAGCCCGACUCAAGAACCAGUUCCGUUCGUUGGAUGAAGACGAGGUCGAAUUUCUGGAUUCCGUCCUUGAAUCCACAAGAGCCCAGGAGGCUGCGGUAAAGCGCGAUACAGCUGAUCAGCUAGAGGCCUUCCGUCGACAGCGCGAAGAGGCCGAGAAGGCUCUACUUGGACCAACGUCGUCGGAUGUUACACCUGUGGAGGAAGAAGAAUGGGCUGCACCUGCGCGCAAGAGGCGUCGCGACAAGCAGAAGGAUCUUUUGAUUCCCGGGAAGAAGCGCAAGGCUUCACUGACCGAGAACAAACCUCAAGAAAAGGAGUCAAAGAAGCCCGAAGCUGACAGCGCAUCAAAGCCCAAGCAGGCAACGCAGCAGAAUCCCAAGCCUAGUGAAACCACCCCAUCUACGACCCCCAAGGCCGUUGCGAAACCCAAGCAGAAUCAACCACAAAAGCCGCCAGCGAAACCAGUCCCGGUCUCACUCGGCCUGGCAGGUUAUAGCUCUGAUUCAGAGUGA